AUGGCUCCGCGAGAAAUAGUCUUUGCCCCAGAACCUGCUCCCCGAGCUGCUAGACUGUCAGACAAAGCAGUGGACGAGCACAAAGAGCUGAUUGGUGAUCUAUACUGGACCCAAGAUUGGACUCGCGACCAAGUAAUCAACUACCUACAAACAAAUCUGAGUUUCACCAUAUCCAAAGAUCAGUUCUCAAAAGCAACGAGACGUUGGGGUUUCAACAAGCAGCCCCGAGGAGGCCGCUCUAUCCAACGAUCGCCGAAUGAGACGGCCAGUCAAAGCACGCCUAGCGAAGCUGCCAGUAACGAGCCAUCCUGUACGACCACCGUGGAUGGCUCUACGGACCAAGGGCUCAUACUUACAAAUGAGUCAAGCAAACGUCCAAGAAGUGGCGCAAGCUCCAGCAGUCGCAGGAGUUAUAUCACAGCCCAUGGGACAUCUUCACCUCUUCCUCGCCGCCCACUGAAGCGACCGAAACCCAGAAGCGAGUCAGGCGACAACACUGCAGAAAUCCCAUCCUACGCGCAACUGAAUUUCGCUACUGACAGCGACUUCACGUUUACCCCAUCGGCCAUAGAAUCGAGUCCACGCUGUCAGUAUAUGUACGAUGACAAGCUGUCGGCAGAAUAUCUAUCUUGUUAUCGCUGCACCAAAGCUUUCAGCUACUACUGCAAGAUCUCAAUUCCUUUUCAAUACAAAGCGCCUUCGGCCAAACAGCGACGCGCCAGGAUGCUCGACAUGGCAAGGACUGCCAAAAAACGAAGAACCUGUGAGAUCGUGAGGGUGAUGAUGGAGUCUGAGCUCAAGAUGAACAAUGAUCGUCUGAUUGGAGAGGAACCUAACCCUUGCCCGUCCAAUGAGGAUGAGAUGUGUCCCAUGCAAUCCUUCCUAUUCCAUCGCCACCUUGCGCAGAUCUAUGUGCAUACAAGCGGAGGUACCAGUCUAGUACAGAAACAUCUUGAUAAAGCCAGAGACUUUACAAAGGUUUUCGACCCACUUGGUCCAGAAUCGAUAGACCUUUGGACAUUGCUCCUUCUUCAAGGAAAGAAAGAUCACGAUAUUCCAGAGAGCCUGUUGAAUUCACUCAAAUGGGAAAAAUAA